CUACUACUUUUCUGUCAAGGUGUUAAUUUUCCCCUUGGCGUGUGUGUAUGUGAUGCGCCCGAAGUUAAUUUAGGGUUCAGCUUGUUUACACGCACAAUUCUAAUAUGUAUUUCUGUUACUUCAAGGAAAGUGUCAUUGAAGUUGCUUGUAAUUCUUCGUUUUGUCGGUUUCACUGCAGAUGUACGCAUUGAUCGAUCUUGGAAAUACACAAUUGUAUUUCCAAUAUCAGUAUUGAUAAUCCAGUGACAAGAAUAAGGUUGGUGAAAGAUUGAUUCUCAAAUCCAUAAAUUUUUUAUAAACACCGAAAAGUAGAAUUAUUGAAUUUGCAACUUUAACAAAUUUGGUGAAGAACUCAAGGGAUUUUUAUAUUCGUCUCAGCAGUAACUGAUUAAUCAUAUAAAACAUGGCACAUUACAAAGGAGCAGCCAGUGAGGCUGGCCGGGCCAUGCAGCUGAUGAAGAAGAGGGAAAUCGCGCAGCAAGAGAUAGAGCUGCGUAAAAAGAAAAUUGAAGAUGACUUGAAGAUCCAUAACAUAGAGAAUAAGUUUGCGACUCAUUACAAUGCUGUUGAACAACAACUGAAGACUUCCACGAUUGGUUUAGUUACAUUGAAUGAAAUGAAGGCUAAACAAGAGAAUAUAGUGAAAGAACGCGAGAGGAAGCUUGCUCAGAAGGAACGAGAAAAGGAACAGGAAAAGGAAAGGGCACUAGCAGCUAAACAAGCAGAAAAGAACAAACAGAAACGGCAGAUCCAAGCUUUGUCUUUUAAUUUGGACGAGGAUGAGGAGGAGGAGGAGGAGGCUGAAAGUUCCAACGAUGAGGUCACGGAAGUAUCUACAGAGUCCAAAAAUGAGCAACUGAGUAAACAUAUAAUAAAAAAAAUCAAGAAAAAUCCGGAUGUGGAUACAAGUUUUUUGCCGGACAGGGAAAGGGAAGAGGAAGAAAACAGACUUAGGGAAGAACUGAGGCAAGAAUGGGCAAGGAAGCAGAACGCGUUGAAGGAAGAGGAAAUUGAAAUUACAUUCAGCUACUGGGAUGGAUCUGGCCAUCGCCGAAGUGUUAUAAUGAAGAAGGGUAAUUCUAUUUACCAACUUCUUCAGAGAUGUUUAGAAGUUCUGAGACGUGAAUUUAGCGAACUUAAAACAGUGAUGGCGGAUCAGUUGAUGUAUGUUAAAGAGGAUCUUAUAUUGCCGCAUCACUAUACAUUUUACGAUUUUAUCGUAACCAAGGCACGAGGAAAGAGCGGACCUUUAUUUACAUUCGAUGUUCACGAUGACAUCCGAGUUAUGCACGACGCUUCCGUUGAAACCGAGGAAUCGCAUGCAGGAAAAGUUUUACUUAGAUCUUGGUACGAGAGAAAUAAACAUAUCUUCCCAGCGAGCAGAUGGGAACCCUUCGAUCCAACGAAGAGUUACGACAAAUAUACGGUAUCGGAUAAAAACCGGAAGAAAGAUAAAAUCUGAUAAACGCGAAUCGUCCGGCCCAAGGGUAAGAAUAAUAGUUUGAUCAUAUUAUUUCAUAUUUGAGAACCGAGCUCCGAGCAACUACUGUAAAAUAUCAGUUUCACGACGGUGUCGGUAAAUACUCUGGUUUCGGCGCGCGAAUGACAUUUGUAAUAUAUGCGUGUAUAUACAUACUAGUAUACCAGCGCGUGUUGUAAUUAUUCUGUGAUUUUAAUGUAAUUCGUUUACUCAAUUACACGGUCACUUAUAAGAUACCGAAAGAAAGAUUGGAAGUUUAACGAAAAAAACGACUUAGAUAUUUUAAUGACUUCGCAUCCGACGAUCUUAAAAUAAUGACAAUACACAAGUUUACUUUCGUUAUCCCGAUUUAUUAAACGAUCGUCGAACACGUUAUCAAGUCGAAUUAACACGUCGAUCGAGUUACUUUCUAUGAUAGAUAUCGUGGAAGAGCGUACUCGCAUGCUGAUUGUGUCUAAGUCUUGAAGAUGUAACUGUACAAAAUGAAUAAAUACUGAUAACACGUA